AUGGAAAGUGAAAAGCAGCAUUUUCGGCAUAUUUUACUUUUUUACUAUCGAAAAGAUGCACGUUCUGGAAGGCCAGUUGAAGCUGAUGAAGACACAAUAAAGGCAUUAAUUGAUGCAAACUGGCGAAUAACAACUCGUGAGAUCGCUGAGAAAUUAAAUUUAUCGAAUUUGACCGUUCAUGAUCAUUUGAAACGCCUAGGUUUAAUCUCAAAGCUCGACAUAUGGGUUCCUCAUGUUCUUAUGGAAAGAAAUUUGUGCCGUCGCGUUGAUCGCAUCAUCACUGGGGACGAGAAAUGGGUUGUCUACAACAAUGUUAAACGCAAGAGAUCAUGGAGUAAAAAAGAUGAACCGGAUCAAAGCACUUCGAAAGCCGAUAUUCAUCAAAAAAAGGUGAUGCUAUCUGUUUGGUGGGAUUUCAAAGGAAUCGUUUUUUUUGAGCUUCUACCGGACAACACAACGAUCAAUUCUGAAGUGUACUGUAAUCAGCUGGACAAAUUGAAUGAUUCACUUAAACAGAAAAGGCCAGAAUUGAUCAAUGGAAAAGGUGUAGUGUUCCACCAAGAUAAUGCGAGACCUCAUACAAGUUUGGUAACUCGCCAAAAGCUUUUACAGCUUGGAUGGGAUAUACUGCCACACCCACCAUAUUCUCCAGAUCUGGAACCUUCUGAUUAUUAUUUGUUCCGGUCUCUACAAAAUUUUGUAGACGGUAAAACCUUUACUUCAAAUGAGGAGGUCAAAAAUCACAUGGAUCAGUUUUUUGCCAGCAAAGAAUACAAAUUUUAUGAGCGUGGAAUCAUGCUACUGCCAGAAUGA